GGUCGGAGAAUUACCAACGCUAUGCUUCAGGACAAACGUCAAGUUGAAAAACUGGUGCGCAGCAAAGACGCCGUCCGCUUCAUGACGCCGCUGAGAGGCACGCCAGCCUAUUGGGAGAGAACCACCAAAGAUCUUUUUGCAAUGAUCCGACAGCUGGGUACACCCACGUUCUUUUGCACAUUUUCUGCUGCUGAAAUGCGUUGGGAAGAGGUCAUCACUGCCAUCAAAGCGCAACAAGGUGAAGUGGUGAAUUUUGCUGGAUUGGACUGGGCUACCAAGUGCGAAAUUCUACGCGGCAAUCCGGUGACGACAAUGCGCAUGUUUGACAAACGUGUGGAAGCUCUGUUCAGAGAUUUGAUCCUCUCUCCGGCGCAACCGAUUGGUGAAGUGGUUGACUACUUUUACCGAUUGGAGUUUCAGCACAGAGGAAGUCCUCACAUUCAUUGCCUCAUAUGGGUUAAAGGUGCCCCUGUAUUUGAGGAAUCCUCAGACAAAGCCAUCUGUGAUUUUGUAUCCCGCUACAUCUCCGCUGAGCUGCCGGACCCGCAAAAGGAACCCGAAUUGUACAAAAAAGUCACAGAGGUUCAGAUGCACAGCAAAAGUCACUCCAAAACGUGUGUCAAACACCAGGGUGCAAAUUGCCGUUUUGGAUUCCCCAAACAACCGUGCCACGAAACGAUGAUCAUCAGACCUGCGCCCGUAGACGACGACAAUCGAGAUCGACACGCGGAGAAUCGCUCGGCGGCCAACGCCAAGCUUGUUCCCGUGCUAAAUCUCCUGAAUGAGCCUGAAACUUCAUCCAUGACUUUGCCUCAGCUGCUGGCUAAAUGCGAGCUCACCGGUGACGACUUUGUGAACUGUUUGCACCUGACGGCCUCGUCGAGUUCCGUCGUGCUUAAGCGAGAACCCAAAGACUGCUGGGUCAACUACUACAACCACCAUUUGCUUCUUGCCUGGGAUGGAAAUCUGGACAUUCAAUACAUCCUGAAUGCCUAUUCUUGCAUCGCGUACAUCUGCAGCUACAUCAGCAAAGCGGAACACGGUCUGAGCCAAUACCUGAAAUCGGUCAUUGAGAACUCCCGCAACGAAAAUGUCAACGAGAACGACGAAAUGAAACAAAUUAUGCAAGCGUACUCCAAGAAGAGGGAAGUGAGUGCUCAGGAGUGUGUGGCGCGCGCAUGCGGCCUGCAUAUGAAACAGUCCUCCCGCAUGGUGGUAUUUGUACAAACGAGUGACAAUGCGCUGAAAAUGAGUUAUCCUCUCUCGCUGCUUGAGGGCAAAACCCAGGACUCGCACGAAGUGUGGAUGACUGGGCUGCCGGACAAGUAUAAAUGCAGACCUCAAACGGAGGAAUUUGAAGUCAUGUGCUUGGCUGAUUUCGCAUCAAGGUGCAGAAUUGUUUACGGUAAACAAGUCAAAGGUAAAAACGUUUUGCGUCUGCUGAACGAUAUGGGGUUUGUACAAAAAAGAACAGAAAAACCUGCGGUCAUCAAAUAUUGUAAAUUCUCAGAACAAAAGAAUCCAGAGGAAUAUCACCGCACCUUGCUCAAGCUGUACCUGCCUCAUCGUGCUGAUUGCCAGUUGAAAUCUGAACGCUUUCCCACCUCACAGUUGUUCCACGAGCACGCCUGUGUACAGUUACCGUACGCCGACCAUGUGGAGCGCGUGUCUGAAAUCGUCAAGAGGAACAGAAAAACGUACGAGGGACACAGUGGAGACAUUGAAGAUGCCAUCAGAGAGUUGGAGGAAAGCGGGCUCAAUGUGAACGAAUGGUGCCACCUGGCUCCCGAGAGUGAGCUGCAAAGACUCGAAUGCAUUGAGGAAAUCAACGCGAGAGACGACCCGACUGAGAACGCGGAGGAAAACGUCCCCGACUACAACGUGAGAUCGGCGACGAGAGAAACGGCUAUUGUGGCUGAACCUGCUGCCAUCGAUCCCACGGUGUUACGCGGUAUGUAUCGAAACCUGAACCGAAAACAAGCGUCUGUGUUCUACAAGGUCCGAGAUUGGUGCGUGAAACGUGUUUGUAGCUCGAAGCCGAUCGAGCAGUUUUUCUACUAUGUCAACGGUGGCGCCGGGACCGGCAAAUCGCAUCUGAUCAAAUGCAUCCACGCGGAGGCCACGAAAAUACUGCUCAGACUACCACGACUGGCUGAGGAAGCGGACAUUUGCAAACAGACUGUUGUUCUCGCAGCCUUCACGGGUACGGCGGCAUUUAACAUUUCAGGGACCACUUUGCAUUCUCUCCUCAAACUGCCGAGAAGUCUCAGACCCCCGUAUCAAGGCCUGGGCAACAAACUGGACGAAGUCAGAGCGGAGCUUUCGAUCGCUGAAAUACUCAUUAUCGACGAGAUUUCCAUGGUGUCAAAAGACCUUUUUGCCUACGUGAGUACCAGAUUGAAACAAAUCAAAGGAAUCGAUUUACCUUUUGGCGGUAUGUCUGUGCUUGCUGUCGGAGAUUUCUUUCAGCUCCCUCCUGUGAGACAAUCCAAACCUUUGUGCGUGUACGAUCCUACUCGGCUGGACCACUGGCGCGACAACUUCAAAAAGAUCACGCUCACGGACAUCAUGAGGCAGAAAGAUGAUGCUGCCUUUGCCGAAGUGCUGAACAGACUCCGCGUCAAAGACAGGUCUCGCGAACUGUCGGAACCGGACGCAUCUCUGCUUGCUACGAGGUACGCUUCUCCAGUAACGUGUCCAAAGAAUAUUCUGCAUAUUUUUGCCACCAAUAAGCAGGUAGACGGCCAUAAUUCCGCGAUGCUGAAUCUGCUUCAUAAGGACGUUGUGCAAAUCGACGCCGAUGACUACAAGAAAGACAAAAAAAACGGCAGAAUGGCAAGGCAAGCGACCCCUGUCCGAGGACCUAAGAACGGGUUGCCCGACUCGAUCAAAGUCGCCGUCGGCGCCCGCGUCAUGAUCACACGCAAUAUUGAUGUUCAAGCAGGUCUGUGCAAUGGGACAUUUGCAAAAGUUGUGCAAUUGGUGAAUUACCCAAACGAAGCGCGUGUACAGAAACUCGGGCUGGAGCUAGACUGUGUCGCUAAGACGAUAAGUGCUGAGAAUUCUGUGUUCAUUGACAGACAGGAGGAGAGGAUGCAGAAUACCGGAGUGGUGCGCCGGCAGUUUCCCGUUAAGUUUGCUUUUGCUUGCACGAUCCAUAAGGUACAAGCAUGACAACAUCUGAGGCCGCGGUUUCGCUGAAAGGCGUUUUCGAACACGGCAUGGGCUACGUAGCUCUGAGUAGAGUGACUUCGCUCAGCGGUCUUCAUAUUCUGCAUAUGGAUGAGAGAAAAAUUCAUGCAAAUCCCGAAAUCACUGCUGCUCUUGCUGAGAUGACAGAGGAUUCUUUGGACGGCGUGAUGCCCCUGUUUCACGUGAUGCCGAGGGUGGAUAAAGCAAAGGACCUGAUCGUCGUCCAUCAUAACACCGAAGGGCUGUCUUGUCACGUGCAGGAUAUCGCGUGUCACCACGAACUGCGUUUUGCUGAUGUUUUGUGCCUCACAGAAACGCACCUCCGAGGAUCUGCGGCCGCCUGCUUGGAAGGCUAUACCAUGUUUCACAGGAAUCGAAGUGAUUCUUAUACAACCUGUCCCGACUUGGCGACAAAACUCGGUGGCGGCCUCCCGGGCACAGUCUGCGCGCAUUUCUGCCAAGCUUGGGAAACCUGUUGCGUUAUCUUGAAGUCAUGGACCAUCACCAGAUCUUGGUAUGUGGCGAUUUUAACGAAGAUGCGCUCUCUGCCUCGUACAAGCCCGUCCUUGAAUUGUUUUGCUCAAAGGGUUACACGCAGCUCAUAACCACUGCUACCACUGACAAAAACACAUUGAUCGACCUAAUUUUUGUCUCUCGACCUCAGUGUGCUCUUUAUUCAGGUGUCCUGCAAACGUACUACAGCUAUCAUAAUCCUGUUUUCUGUGUCUUGAAUACUGAAAGGUAAGUCAAAUCUAAAUUGUGUAUUUCAGCAUUUGGGAAAUUAACAAGGACGGAAAUCAGAUGGCGUAAGUGGCGGUGCGCGGUGGGCGAUUUGUUGAAUUGAGAUGAGAUGGUAUCGGAGGCGUAGGUGGCUCAGAAAGGCAAAUGUAAUGUUGGCGUUGGGCAGAAACCUCACAAUUAUAUAGAAAAAAAUACUAACGACCAAUGUGAAUAGUGAUGCGCUUUAUAUUUUACGCUGAACUCGUGUCUGUGGAUGUAAAUCAAGUUGAGUUAAGGGAAGGCGCUCAACCAGCUGGGAAGCUGCACCUUCUUGGGCCGCCCAUGCAUGUGGCAGUAUGGGCAGCUGCUGGGCAAAAGACCCUCUGAGGGUGGCGAGGGGACGGCACGGCCGUUGACACCUAAAUAAGACUUGCGGAAAUAACUGCUAGUCUACUCGUCUGCGGGAUGGAUGGAAGAGUCCAUCUCAUCGUCCAUCAAAAGGAAGGCUUUUAAAAUUUUAAAAAGCCCUCCCUUAACUCAACUUGAUUUAAAUUUUAAACUUUUAGAAAUUUGAACUAUUUAAAUAUUUAACUUUCAAACUUUUUAACUUUUAAUAUGUUUAACUUUUGUAAAUGAACUCACGGAUGAUCUAAGAGGCGACUUUUUAACUUUUUGCGUUUUAUUCGUUCUAACGUCAAAUUUGAAAGAUGACUUCAGGAAUGGACUUUUAAAGUUUUUAACUUUUAAAAUGUUUACAUUUUCUAAAUUAACUCCCAGAUGAGUUAAGGGGUGACUUUUUAAACUUUUUAAUUCUAAUGCUAGAAUCAAAUUUUAAAGAUGACUUCAGGAAAGGCCUUUUAAACUUUAUUUUUUUAUCAUUAUUUUCAAUUCAUUUUAACGUCAUAAUCACGAGGCGAGAACGGAAAACAGACGAGGUAAGUUGCUCAUCAAUAAACAUGUGUUUUCCCUUUCUAAAAACACUAAAUGCUUCUAUUUCACUCUUCUCUAUUUUCAGAGUUUCUUUUAUCUGGCGAAAGCAGUUCGACCCACAAUGGAGGCCAGAGGUAAACAUUCUCCACAAAGACCUUGAGUAUGCAAAAACUUCCAGCGUGGACCAAUGACUCCCAAACCAGGGAGGCGAGAAGCAAGACUUAUUCUUCUUUUUUCCUGUAACUCCACAUGCUCCAUUUGUCAAGACGGGAGUUUGGCCCCUGCGGUGCUCAACCUUGAUGGGAUUUGGCCUGUCUUGCCAGAGAAAUGACACAGCACAGCGACAGCCAAGUCUUUCAAAAAGACUCGUACGAUGGAGGCCAGCAUCAUGGAACGCAAACUCCCAAACCAACGUGGCAAUCGUGACUUCUGCUGAUUCUUCUAUGGAACAAUCAAGGGCACCUCUGGCAGCUCUUUGCUUUGACUCUGACAUCUACCUUUUUUAUUUUUAACAUGCUGUCUUUCAUGUGCCUUCUCUGCAUCCAUUGCAGCCUGGUGAUCCUGAAAGGGGGAUCCUCCCAUCUGUGGUCCCUUCUCAAGGUUUCUCAUUUUUCCCCUGGUGGUUUUUUUUUUGAGUUUUUCCUUGCCCUUUUGGAAGCUUAAGAUCAGGGGGUGCUUUGAGAAUAAUUGCCAAUUUGUCUAUGCGAAGCCCUUUGAGACUGCUUGUGAUUUAGGGCUAUGUAAAUAUAUUUUACUUGACUUGACUUCUAUGAGUAGCCAGCGAGGAAAAUUGUCCCUUUUUAGUUUUGCUGCUUUUCCUCACCUCCAUGUUUUUAUCGUAUCUUCUUGGGUAUUGCCUGGCCUUUGACUGUUGGAAACUUGUCCCUUUGGCUUUACUCUAUUAAGUCUCAGAUACGUACAGUCUGUUUUCUGUUCUCCUUUAUUUAUGUAUUUAUUUGUUUAUUUGUUUGAUUGCUUAUUUAUUGUUUAAUCGUACUUUUAUUUGGUUACUUUUUCGGCAAUGCUUUGAACUCUGAAGUUGUAAUCAUUUUGAUUUGCACAAUUGUUGAACUUUAUACAUUUCUUUGCCUCAAACCAUGUUUACAUUAUCUUUUGUAUAUGUAUCCCAAGUCUGUCUAAUACCAUCUCCAAUCAUGCUA